AUGCAACUCCUCCUUCCCUUCCUCACCACCCUCCUCGCCUCCGCGGCAGCUAUUCCCCUUGAGAAUAGGUGGGAGGAAGUUCCCGCCCACCCGAUUGAUGUGCACGAGGCGCUGGAUUCGGGUUUGCUCCCCGCGGCUUUCACGAAGAUCGUGGAGAACAAGCUAAAGGUCAGGAGACAAGAGGGGGGCGCCACGCCUGAUUCGUCCGACCCUUGGAGCGAUUUUUUGAAGGGGGCACCAGGGAAUUUCGAGUCGAUCUUUGAAGAUAGCUCCAAGGUCAAGGGACAAGGAGGGGAUUCCUCGUCUGACCCGGCCGACCUCUGGAGCGAGAUUUCGAAGGAGGCGCCAGAAAUUUUGGAGUCGAUCUCCGAAAAUCAUUCCAAGUUCAAGAGACAAUAA